AUGGAAGAUUUGCAGAACUUGAGCAAUCCAAGAAAUCUUUCUAGUGCAUUUCAACCUUGCAAUAGCGAUCGGCCUAGCUUGGAAGAAAACAAAAUGAACAUCAACUAUCAAGACUCUUCAGUAAUAUUGAGUCCGAUGAAUCUUAAUAAUGCACCUCAAGUUCACCUUACAUUUAAAAUUCUAAUUACAAAUGAUUUAGCAAAAAAUCCCAUAUCUAACGCUGUUAUCCUUAUGGACCUAAUUAAAUCUUGUCAUCGAGAAGAUGGAGAAGUUCUUCAGUUUUUUGAGAAAUUAGUUUAUCCAAGAUUCAUUAAGAAAUCUAAAAAAUAUGAUCAUUGUAAAUUAAAUCCUUAUGCAGUUAUGAACCAUUUUAUGGAAUCUACAUUCCCAGUAUUUUUUGGGAAAUUAAUAUGA